GCGCCGCCGCCGCCGCGAUGGCCCAGGCCGAGAAAAUGGAGCUGGACCUGGAGCUGCCGCCUGCCGGGAGCGACGGGGGUGGCCUGAGGCGCUCCAACAGCGCCCCCCUCAUCCACGGGCUCAGUGACAAUUCACAGGUUUUUCAGCCAUAUGUCUUGCGAACCCGCAGGAACAGCACAACAGUUAUGAACCGGCACAGCAUGCUGAUAUCAUCAUCUCCAAUUCGUAUCCCUAGCAGCCGACUCCAUCAAAUCAGAAGGGAGGAAGGAGUGGAUUUGAUGAACAGAGAAACAGCACAUGAAAGGGAAGUGCAAACAGCAAUGCAGAUAAGCCAGUCAUGGGAGGAAAGCUUGAGCCUGAGUGACAACGACUUGGACAAAUCAGAAAAAUCCUCAUCUCCAAAGAGGAUAGACUUCAUUCCUGUUUCUCCAGCACCUUCCCCUACAAGGGGUAUAGGAAAGCAAUGUUUCUCGCCAUCCCUGCAAAUGUUUGUGAGUAGUAAUGGAUUGCCUCCAAGUCCUAUUCCCAGCCCUACAAGGAGGUUUUCAAACAGGAGGAGCCAGAGUCCAAUCAACUGCAUCAGGCCCAGUGUUCUUGGCCCCAUUAAAAGGAAAGGUGAAAUGGAAACCGAAAGCCAGCCAAAGAGACUUUUCCAAGGAACCACUAACAUGCUUUCUCCUGAUGUGACACAUCUGGCAGACCUCAGUUCAUGUUUGUCUUCAGAUAUUCUUGAUGGGAGUACAAGCAGUGUCAGCUCUUCCUCUGAUUCAUUGGCCAAAGGCAGCACCACUGCAGAAUCUCCCGUCACAUGCUCUAACUCGUGUUCCUCAUUUAUCUUAAUGGAUGAUCUUUCACCCAAGUGACUUUUCCCAGACGUUGGUUGAGGUCUGCCUUUGCUGUUUCCCUGCUGUACAUCUGUACAGGAAAACCCGUGGAAUUAAACUCUUGAGGACAUGAGGAUUGAAAUACUGAGUGGAAACAUUGCUGUAACCUUAUUCCUUGCCAGCAUCUCCCAAGUGGUUUUGAUUAUCCUUCUUAAUGAACAUAUCAGGCCACAAUGAUGUCUGGUUUUGCUGAUUUUUUUUUUGGAAACAAAAUUAUCAAUAUUUGCUCAAAUCAUACUAACUUUGCUUUCAAAGAAACUGCAUAUACUUUUUAAAAUCCCCAAGCAGGCACCUAAUUUAUAUUAGUGUUAAAAUUGCAGAUGGAAAAUCUUUUGCUGUUGCUAUCAUGAUCACUUGUUCUGGAGGUAAGAAUGGUGGUUACAGAGUUGUUGCAAAGUCUUCACUGUUUGAGAUACUUUUUUUUUAAAAAAGUAAUAAACUAGAUUACUUUAGUUACUUAUUUAGGAAAAGUAAGGUGUUUCUGAUGUACAGUUGGCAUAUUUUGGAUCUUCUCCACUCUCCCAUCACACUUAAAAGAUAACUACUUCAGAAUUGUUCCCCUGAUUUCCCUGUUGCAGUCUCUUCCCUUUGACUUCCCCAGAUACAGGGGGAAAAUAAUUUUGAACUGUCCUUUGUGCUUCUGGUCAAUUAUUGUGAUGGUGCUGGGAGCCAAACAUGUUUGUGGAUGGUUGGUUUUUGUUUUUAUUUUAAAGUAUUGAAUGCUACUGUAGCUCCUUGUUUCGGCAACGGGAGGGGAAUAAGUCUGCUUCCUGUGACACACAGUUAACUCACCCCGAUUGCUUCAGGGUUCUGUGGAUAGCCACCGUACUUGCAAAAGUGUCUUUGGCCGAGGUGAUGUGGGGGCGGGCGGUGACAGUCAAUAGCCACAGUGGUCGUGUGGAUCUUCUCGAGCGUUCAGUGUCUCCCGUGGCACUGGGAAGUGUUUUGUGCCUUGGGGGACAUGAUUCACAAAGCGGAGGAAUGUGAGCCAGAGGGCUCGGGUGAGGGAAAGGACUUGUAUCGUGCGAUGCUGCCAUCACGGCUCCUCCUCGGUCACUCCUUGACCCCUGGAAGGAGGCAAAUCCUGUGAGCAGCCACAGCGGUUCCACUGUAGUGCCGCUCGGUGUCGCAUCCUCAGAACCAGCCCGCUGGGGUUGCCUUGGGGAGAGCAGCCCAGGAAGCGAACCUUACUUUUCAUAAAGGCUUCAUGUCCACUUGAUGCUGGCUCUGCCGAUAGUUUGCCUGAAGGAACUACAUGUAAGCUAUGAGAGGUAAACCUCUUGGGUGCCCUGGUGUAAUUUGGGGUGCAACAGACGAUUUAUUUCUCAUGAGAACUGAGCUUAAAAGUGUAAAAGAGAUCCCAUUUGUAAUCUACUGUGUUAUGCUAUUUAUUAUUUAUAACUCUGUAAAAAAUAGUCUGCUGAUGACUUAUAGUAUUUUUUUAUGAUUGAAACUCUUUUUUAUGUUCUGUGAGUGCUGGCUGGUCUGUAUUUAAUAGGCAACAUUGUCUGCCAGAAACGUACGCUUCCAGUUUUGAAUGUUUGUAAGUAAUUCAAUGCUCUUAUUGUCAAAGUACAAUUUCUGGGGGGGUUUUUUCCCUCCUCUCUUUUCGGUAAGAUAAUAGCACUGAAUUUGACAUGAGAUUGUGCUAACCUGUAAAAGCACCUGAUCUCUGGCAAUACUUGUCUAGCUAAGAAGGGGUAGGGGAAAAAACUCUUGGAAUAUUUUAUUCUAAAAGAGGACAUUUGGCUCUCUGUACCUAGCAUUUUGCUUUUGAAAGUGUUUGUUUGGAAUUGUAAUAAAUACCAUACUUGGGCCAGUUGUGCCUCUAUUAUCUGUAUUACUAUUCUCACCUGUGGAGAGUUAGUUUCCCCACCUUCAAUAAAUGUGCAUAUUGUAAAAUACCAUCCAGUGGUACCAUUGUUUUUUCAACAGAGAUGAAUCUAUCAGUGUAUAUGGAUUGUGUGUGUAUAUAUGAGGUGGGAUUGCUUGCUUGCGUAUCAGCUCUUUAGAAGGCUGGUUCGUCCUGAAGGAUGUUAGGUGGCUGUUUUUUGACAUUGCUGCACUUUUUUUGGACACGCAGUGCACAGUCUUGCACAUGUUUAGACAGAAUAGGCCCCCCCUGCUGCUGCUGUCAGCAUUCCCCAUCCAGCCAUGCCGACUGGCCGCGGAAUGUCAGGAAGCAUGUUUUUGGCCUACUUGUGCAGCAAGACUGCAUCCUUCGUCUUUAGUUUCUUUACAGUUGCAAACUAGGUUGGGUGAAGUACAAGCUGCUAAGCCCAUCUUGAUGCACUUACUGGACUAUGACAUUGACUUUCACCUAAUGUGGGGAAAAAAUAUUUUUCUGCAUGCUUCAUGCUAGCUGAAUUAAAAAGAAAUCUUGGUUGACUUAUCAAAGUUAACUUCUGUCUAUUUUUAGAAGUGUCAAGUCUUGUGUAAAAUUUGGCUUCUGUGCACAUUAAAUUGUACAAUAUUAUAAAGCAAAAUAUACAGCAA